GGUUUUCAUUUGUUAUGCUUGUAUAUGCACAUGGAAAGUGCGACGUUUGAAGAAAACAGUUCUCUUGGGUAUCAAUCAUCACAUCGUCUGAAAUGGGAAAACAAGAGAUACAAACUAAAAAGGUCUAAAUAUCCAAACUAAAGCACAGAAAAGCUCAAAAGUUGAUUUUACAGUGGAACCUCGAUAUAAAGAACCCCUAUAAUGAAGUCCUCAGUGCAACAAGUGAUUUUUUUUACCCCAGUAAUAGGAAAAUAUAUGGAAAAGUACCUUGAUAUAACGAAACCUUGUUAUAGUGAACCAAUUUUGGCAGUCCCUUGGCACUUCGUUAUAUCAAGGUUCCACUGUAUCUGGGUGAUUUGGUGACCCUAGACCAGGAGAUUCAGGUGCGGUAUCUGGGAGAAUCCCAGAUAAUCUGGGAUAGUUGGCAUAUAUGAGUUCUAGUCCAAGAAUCCUCUUGUAAGUGAUUAAAAAGAUUCCCAAAAACAAUGAGAGCUUUGGUUUGCUUUUGCAGAUGGAUUUGAUUUUUCCGAAGGAUUUAAGCAGCAUCUUGCAGAAAGUGAGAAGAAGGCCAGGGAUCUUUUGGAGUCAUACUACAAGAAAUGUCAGGAGAGAAGUGUAAGUUCACCGUACAGCAAUUUAGCUGGGAUAUUGAUGACUAGGUCGCAACUCAAUGACUCCCUCCAACCCCGGGAUUGGACUGGACUUUUAUUCCCUCUCAACUUUGGCCAUUUUCUUACCCUGAGAUGCUUGCCAAUCAGAGGGGUUAAUAGAAUGGCACCUCGAAAAUUGUGGGUCUCAGAAAAUUUUGGCCCGAUCUCAAAAACCUUGGAAGUAUUUUUAAUGGGUCUCGUUUUUGAGUGAUUUUUGUGUCUUGGAGUUUCAAACUUUUUUGCGGACAGAUCUCGGAGUAUCAGGUUUGUCAUUUUUUCUUUCCAUUUGGUCUUCAGGAGUCGAAAUUUGGCAGAGUUCAUGGGUCUGAGCUACAGUAGUAGAUUAAGACAGUAAAACAAGACAAAGCAGUAUUUGGGUGGGCUUCCACUAUAAGCUUCCAUUGGCGUUUUUGGUCUUUACUUGUACCAUUAUCUCGAAAUUUUCUGUGCUUAGUGUCUCGGGCUCAGAAUUGAUAAAAACGCUGAAGUCUUGGUCUCAAAUGAAACCAGGGUCUCGCUGUCUCAAAUUUACCAUUCUAUACCCCUAAUUAGGAGGGAAAGAUGUAUCUCCAAUAGCUUUUAAUCCAGGACUCUCCUGGUGACCAAACAAGUUAACCAGAAAUAACACUGUGUUUCUAUUUCUUUUUUCAGGUGAAAUGCAGGCUAAUAAAGGAGACUGGCAGUCCAGGAGAAGCUGUAUGUAAGGUUGCCAAGGAGAGGGGCGUUGAUCAUGUAGUGAUGGGAUCCAGGGGAUUAGGUACAAUAAACCGCGCCCUUGUUGGCAGCGUCAGUGAUUACUGUCUUCACCAUGCCCAUGUACCUGUGUCAGUAGUGCCUCCUCCAAAUCGCUUUGAACAGCAUGGAUAUACUAAUCAAAGCUGA